AUGGCGCUGCCGGCCAGUCUGGUGCCCCUGUGCUGCUUGGCACUUCUGGCGCUGCCGGCCCAGAGCUGCGGGCCGGGCCGGGGGCCGGUUGGCCGGCGCCGAUACGUGCGCAAGCAGCUCGUGCCGCUGCUCUACAAGCAAUUUGUGCCCAGCGUGCCCGAGCGGACCCUGGGCGCCAGUGGGCCGGCCGAGGGGAGGGUGACAAGAGGCUCUGAGCGCUUCCGGGACCUGGUGCCUAACUACAACCCCGACAUCAUCUUCAAGGAUGAGGAGAACAGUGGUGCAGACCGCUUGAUGACCGAGCGUUGUAAAGAGCGGGUGAACGCGCUGGCUAUUGCGGUGAUGAACAUGUGGCCCGGAGUGCGCCUACGGGUGACCGAGGGCUGGGACGAGGACGGCCACCACGCUCAGGACUCACUUCACUACGAAGGACGUGCCCUGGAUAUCACCACGUCCGACCGCGACCGCAAUAAGUAUGGGUUGCUGGCGCGCCUGGCAGUGGAAGCCGGCUUCGACUGGGUCUAUUACGAGUCCCGCAACCACGUCCACGUGUCUGUCAAAGCCGAUAACUCACUGGCGGUCAGGGCAGGCGGCUGCUUUCCGGGAAAUGCCACCGUGCGCCUGCGGAGCGGCGAGCGGAAGGGGCUGCGGGAACUGCACCGCGGUGACUGGGUGCUGGCGGCAGACGCGGCAGGCCGGGUGGUGCCCACGCCCGUGCUGCUCUUCCUGGACCGGGACUUGCAGCGCCGGGCCUCUUUCGUGGCUGUGGAGACCGAGCGGCCUCCGCGCAAGCUGUUGCUCACUCCCUGGCACCUGGUGUUCGCCGCUCGAGGGCCUGCGCCCGAGCCAGGCGACUUUGCACCGGUGUUCGCGCGCCGGCUGCGCGCGGGGGACUCGGUGCUGGCGCCAGGCGGGGACGCCCUUCGGCCUGCGCGCGUGGCCCGAGUGGCGCGGGAAGAAGCCGUGGGCGUGUUCGCACCGCUCACAGCGCACGGGACGCUGCUGGUCAACGAUGUCCUGGCCUCGUGCUACGCGGUUCUGGAGAGUCACCAGUGGGCGCACCGCGCCUUUGCUCCUCUGCGCCUGCUGCACGCGCUGGGGGCGCUGCUUCCGGGCGGGGCCGUCCAGCCAACUGGCAUGCAUUGGUACUCUCGGUUCCUCUAUCGCUUGGCGGAGGAGCUGCUGGACUGA